UGAGCGUCAGUUGAGAGGAGACGUUGGUUUCGGAAUGUCGGCCACACGAACAGAUCGGUCGCUUUUGCAUUAAUUUAUUAGUCGGUGCGGAGUUAAAUCAAAUCAUAACGCAUCCAUUGUUUAGCUUCCUAUAGGAAAUACGCUUGCUUAACCUCCGGCAAAUUUGUUUGUGUUCUGAAUUACCAAAGGCCAACGAACAUUACACUGCCAAUUAAAGUCGAGUGCAAAUAAAUAGGCUGAGAAUUUGCCCACCCACUAUUGUUUGAAAUCUUAUCGGCUUCGAAUCGCGGUCAAAUGUUCUUUAUACGCAGUCAUUGCAAUUGUGCUGAAACCUAAUCCUUCGGUUAGCAUAACGGCUAAUUACUGGGAAUCCCAAAGUAAAUAGAAAUUUAGCUUAAUUUACACAUAUCUUUCUCGCUAAGCUCCCCCGUGCCAGGUUCCAAUUUUCCUUUAUAACUGGCGCCCCCAUAAACAGCACAUAGCAUAGAUAAGAUCUACCUGUGCCAAGUUAUUUGGGGUCUGGGUCGCAGAUCAUUGAGUGUGGAGCUCUCGACGCGAACGGUUGAUCUGGUCUGAUCUCUCGGGGUGUCGUGUUUAUAUUACUGCUCUGAUUCCGGAACGCCGAUUAGCGUCAGUUGCAAUCACCGCGAAUCAGCAGGGUAAUUCAAUCAGAACGAUAUGGUGGGAAAAGUUCUACGCCUUGCACUGGUGCUGCUGCUCCUCGCCUCCUGGACGAAUGAGGGACGUGCACAGACCGAAUCCUAUGAGAAUCCCAAAGCGCUCAAGGUUUGGCUGACCAUCAGUGCCCGCAAGCGCUUCCUGGAGGUAUCGUGGAGCAAUGCACCGGCUAACAAGGGUGACCAACUGCUCGUGACACGGGAGGAUGCACUCAGCUUCCAAAGCCAACUGCUGCGCAAACACACUCCGCUGGCGGGAUUUCCCAGCGAGGAGGGUAGUGGCUCCGGCGAUGGGUCGCCCAGCUAUGUGCCCAAUAGUGGGUUCACCGCAAGACCGGCGACUAAAGCGGCCAGCAAAGAGGAGGAGCAGGAGCAGUACUGGGUGGCCAACGGAGGAGCCACCGAGGUUGUGGCUGCCAUUGAGCCCAGGCAGGGCCUGAGCACCCAGUGGUUCACAACGGGAUUGCCCUUUGAUUAUGCCCUCUCCCGGAAUGCGACGGUUCAGACGGCCUGCUACGGAUUUUGGGCCAGCUACAUUGAUGCGCAGGGCAAUAUCUUGGCCAAAACCUGCCUCAAGGUAUUCCCCCGCUGGAUGAACGAUCUGAAGUCCAAGAUAGGAGAGAUGCGUCUGAGAGAUCUUUUCAUACCAGGCACCCAUGACUCCGGCUCCUAUCGUCCCAACUUCGAUCCGCUGCUCCGCGAAAGUCUGGUGACCAAGUAUGCGCUCACACAGGACGACGACAUCCGGGGACAGUUGAUGCACGGAGUCCGCUACUUGGACAUACGCGUGGGUUACUACCGAAACUCACCCGAUCCGUUUUUCAUCUAUCACGGGAUUACAAAACAACGUCCGCUGCAGGAAGUCAUCAAUCAGGUUCGAGACUUUGUCUACGAAACCAAUGAGAUUAUCAUAUUUGGACUCAAGGAGUUCCCAGUGGGUUUUGGAAAAGGACUUGGUGUCCAUCGUCUGCUGAUCAGCUACUUGCGGGAUCAGUUAAAGGACCUGAUAGCCCAUCCUUCGCUGACUUGGGGUGCAUCCCUGCGUGACAUUUGGGCCCGAAGGCAGAACGUCUUCCUAGCCUACGACCACGAGGCCAUGGUGGAGGAGUUCCCCGAUGUCCUGUUUGGUUCCGUGGAGCAGCGGUGGGGUAACAAGCAGACAUGGGACCAACUGGAGACCUAUUUGCGCAACGUCAAUGACUUCGAUGUGUCUCGCUUCUCCAGUCGCCCGGUGUCCGAUAUGGCGGAGCUGACCCCAGAGACGUGGGACGUCAUUUUGGACAAGACCGGCGGACUGCGCAAGAUGGCCGAUAAUGUGAAUUGGCGCAUCUCUCAGUUGUAUCGAAAUGAACUGGGCACGAAUGCGAAUAUAGUAUCGGCGGAUUUCAUAAGGGGCACUACUCUAGUGGAAACUGCCAUUGAAUACAAUGCUCGUAAGAUUUACAUGUAGAUCUUAACUAUAUGUUCAUUAGAAGAUGAAUCCUUCUAAAACUUCAAAGUAACAGACCGAAUUUGCAAUAAUACAUUUAUUUGCUAAGCGGUUAUGUUUAAACAUCAAUAUGCUCCUUAUUGUACUGCUAGCUGUGUAGCUUCCCUAAACAUGUUACAUAUUCGUAGUUUGUUCCCAUAUAAGCGCAUUCACUUAUUUCCUGAUUGUUUUAACAAAGGAAUUCGGAUUGUUGCACCUAACCAUAGACAUAAAAAGUAAACUUUUGUGGGAAGUGGGCCAAAAAGGCGGGGGUUUUGCAAAAACCUGUUAACUGAGGGGAUCGCUAAAAAAAAAAUAAAUACGUACAUACGAUAAAAACU